ACUUGUUUGUCUUUGUGGUUCGCAGUGUCGCAAGAGCGGAUUUGUUAAAGAAACUGAUAGUGUAAAGUGCGUGAGAGGAGGAAAGGGUUACUGUUUUCUGGCUCUCUUAAACAAACGACCUCCGGAUCGAAAUCUUGUCUUGAGGCAGCUGUCUCUACCAAGAGAUCGGUUUGUCACACGAAUAGGUACAGUGUUGGUUUAGCCAACCUGUUUCGCCUUAGGCUGUAUUAUGAUGUGAUGAAAAUGUAAAUUAAUACUGAUUAGGUUGAGAUUAUGACACGUUAUACCCGUAUUGUGUAUUUUGGAGGCUAAUUAUAUUGUUUGGAAGUGGAUUUAUAAUGUGGACUCGAUCUACACGCAUGUUUCUCCUCGCUGUAUUUGCUGCGGUUAAAGUUCAGUCUGCCCGAGAAGAAGCUGAACUGUGUCCUCGACAAGAUGCUCCUUCUGGAGUUUUGGUCUUGAAUUUGGGAAGUAAUGUUGUCCUUGGCUGCAGAGGUGACGUUACAGUGGACAAUGUGCCAUUGGCUUCAGCCAGAGUCAUGAAUAAAAAAUACACAAACAAGCAGAAAGAAGACAUCACUGCCAGCUGGACGUCUCAGAGACAUGAACAUCCUUCUACACAAUUAACUAGUAUGAAGGGUGAUGCACCAACUGCAACAUACCAAAAUAUUGACUCUGCUAUAUACUCAAAAACUAAAGUGGGCACAACCGUCACCGAUAAACCAUCUAUAACCACCAGAAAGGAGCAGAGCACUUCUCGGCGUGUUUUGCGUGCUGUCAGUCAAACACCUGGAGAGGAAAAAGAGACGUUUGGUAUCACACAGUGGAGCGAUUUUGAUGAAGAUGAUUAUGAGGACUAUGAUUAUGAAGAGGAGCGAUCCAGGGUGACACGGGGAAUCAAAAAACAAACACGCUGGACUUUAAAUGGACGACAGGUGCGUGCCGGAGUGGAACGGGGAGGCAUUUUGAGACGGCCACAUCUCAGCUGGGCAGAUGCUGGAAAUUACAGCUGCUACAGAGGAGAGAGACUCAUUUCCACAUUCAGAAUCAGUGUAGGGGCGCCCCCCAAGAGUCCAGCUGUCUUUUGUAACAUAAAGUCUCAUACUAGUAAGGUCCGCUGUGAUUGGACGUCCAAACAACCGGUAAUUCCACGGCCAGUGUGUUACCUUCUUCUUAAUAGAAGAUUUUUAGAAAACACCCUUCGUGUGAACUGUUCUUUCUCUCGGUCCCGCUGUUGGUGUGCUUUCUUUGUGAAAGAGGAUCACCUUAGGGCUCUCCAUAGGGCACAACUAUGUGUGUCUAACAUAGCAGGUAGUGCCAUGAGCCCUAUACUCAACUUUUACCCACAGGACACCAUAAGGCCAGACCCACCAAGCAGAGUGCUGGUGAGUGCAGUUGAGGGCCUGAAGCAUAUGCUUAAAGUAUCCUGGUCUUAUCCCAGUUCCUGGAAGAGUACUUUUUAUAUCCUGCAGUUCCAUCUGAGAUACCGGCCACAACUUGCAGAGCGGUACCAGUUCGGGAAGAUAUGUGACAAGAUGGAGAGACAUCUGUCCUGGAUGAUUUAUGAUGCUCUACCAGACACUGUGUAUGAAGUGCAGCUUAAGGCCAAAGAUGAGUUUGAUGGCAUCUGGAGUGACUGGACAGAACCUGUGUUUGCAGUCACUUGGUCAGCUCCUGAGACGACUACUGCCACUGAGUCCAUUACUUUUGAACCAAAUGAGGGGAUUUACGAAGGAUCAGGAGGAUCUGGAGAAGAGCCUGGUGUAGUCUCAGUGGUAGUAGCUGGAGAUGCUGAUACCGAAUUUGCUACAGUCUGGCUGUAUGUGCCUUGCGCUUUUGGGCUGUGUUUUUUUGUAAUCAUCGUGCUUACUGUCUAUUUUCUCAGGAACAGGACUCAUUUGAUUACUAGAAUAGGAAAACAGGCUUUGCCGUUUACUUCCCUUCUUCAUUCCUCUCAGCCUCUUCCUGCUCCUGCUGCCUCUGAACAGCUUCCAGAAGAGGGGAAGUCACUUAUGUCUACUCCCAAACACAACCAGCAACAGGUCCUUCCUCUUCAGCCAGAGGAGCAGGAGGCCAUUCAUCUGCAUAACAUUGAUUAUUUCCUGUCUCCAGGAGCCGAAGGUGUGCCAUUGACGAUAAACAGAAAUGAAUAAACAAAUGAAACCCCGCAGUGGGUCACACACUGUUUUCAUGUGAUAUAGACAGCAUUAUUAUGUUGAAAAGUAAAUGUGGAGUGUCUCCUACGUUCGGUCUUUAUGUU